CCACUAGGAUACAUAGACGUGUUGCAAAGACAUUUGGCAAACACAUGCAGUCUAAACUUUCACCUUUCUUCCAUCAUGGCGGGACCAAGAAAUCUACUGCUGCUGCAGCUCCUUUUGACUCUCCCUGUGGCAUUACAUACAGCAGAAACCACCACAAGUGAAACCACCACAAGUAAAACCACCACAAGUGAAACCAUCCUCGCUGUCACUGAUCAGUUCAACAGCUCCACUCCAAAUAUUAAUGAUACUUCUCAGAUCAGCACAACUUCACCAGUGUCCGAAGCCUUCAACACUACAGGGGCAGUCCCAGACUCAUCAAAGCCCAGUACAACAUUUAUUCAGAACAGUACCAGCACAUACAGUACCCUAAAACCCGAAAACAGCACUUCUAAUGCUACAGAAUCAUCAAAAUACACUACAAGAUUUAUUGAGACCAAUACCAGCCAUGUGUUUUCUACAUACACUACUCUGAGACCUGAAAACAGCACAUCCAAUUCCACAGAGUCACAGAUAUGGAAAGACUUCACAGAAAACCCUGGGCUGGUUGCUGUCAUCUGUAUAUUUGUCUCCAUUCUCGUCAUCAGUCUUGUGGUGGUCAUAGUAAAGGCAUUACAAAAUAAUGGGCCAAAAUUCAAGAAACUGGAUGAAGUGCCAAUGAAUGGUAUAAAUGAAGAAUCGCCAUUUGCCCACUACCCUCCGAAGUGAGGCUGCUUCUUUUAUGGACACUGGUAGGAUGCUCCUGCUGCUGAUCAGAUGACAUUUUGCUGUUUGAAAACUGCCCAUUUACUGAUACAUAACAUGACAUUUCCCACAGGCCUUGCUCUUGCACAUGUGGCACAAAAUAAUUGAGAACUGCUGAUUGGUUGCUAGGUAUACUGGACCAAUCCAAGCAAAAAUGUAUAAUUGAAGCCACAUACCUUUUUCAGAUGUCUAUUUUAGGCCCUGCUGUGCUGGCUCAACACCCAGAUAUUAAAACCACAGAUGAGAUAACUUUGGGAAAUGCUUUAGAGCUUGUUAUAUUUUCUGCAAUAACACAAACCAUUCCCACAAUUUCCUACUUUUGUUCCAAUUCCCUUAAAAAAAUAUGAUUAGUUUCUAUACACUGCCCUCUCACCCUUAUCAAGGGCCUCACUUUAUGCACUUAUGUCUAGCAAAAAAGUCUUCGUACAGUUUUUUUUUUUCUGUUCCAAUAAAAUAUACACUCAAAUGGCACAUUUAUAUACCUCUAUUAUAGUAGUUUAAACAAUCUAAUGUUACAAAUUGAUACAUAACAAAAUGUAUUUUUUGUUCUAAAAUUGAUUGUUAUUAUUACAUAAAUAAAAUAUCAGUUAUUUACA